AUGCUUGUCUCUGUCGUUUUACACGGUUGUCUCACCUCCUUCAAAUUCCUUCUUCAUCCAACCAAUCUUCCUUGUAUCUUCCAUAUUCUAUCCGACUGUACGCUCUGGCCUGACCAGACAUCUAUCACUACCACCACGAAGUGGCUGAACAGACUCUUCGACGCACGAGCCGAACUAGCAACAUUCGUCGCUACGCGCCGGGAAGGCAGAGGAACCGGAUCCUACGUUGAAUUCCUCGAAGGCUCCUUCAACUUCGGCUUCCGCUACACUUUCAGCGAUGGACGACCGGACACCAUUAUUCGGUUCCCCAAACCGGGGCAUACUGCUACAGCUUACAGAGACGAAAAGGUCACAAACGAAGUCCAACUGGGCUUAACCUCCGAUAGCCCACAUAAUCUUGGUCCAUUCAUCAUCAUGGACUAUGUCACCGGAACCCUCCCAUCAAACGUCUUAAAGAAGCCGGAUGAAGAAGACCUGUAUCUAAGCCCGAACAUCGACAACACCCUCCUAGACAAAAUCUACUAUCAAAUCGCCCGCUACCUACUCCAACUUUCCCACCUUACAUUCCCCCAAAUCGGAGCUAUCUCGAAAGACAACACAUCCAACACAUGGCACGUCCUCAACCGCCCCCUAACAUACAACAUGAACGAGCUAGUCACUGUCUCCGGCUACGCUGCUAAUAAAUGGCCAGCGGCACCCUUUGACCGCGCCAGCAAUUACCUCGCCUCUCUUGCAAACGAGCAUCUAACCCAUCUAUACACUCAGCGCAACAUAGCCGAUGAUACAGACAUCGCUCAAGACCGAUUCAUCGCCCGCCAUCUCUUCAAGCAACUCAUCUCCAAAUACUAUCCUACAGAAAACAACGAACCAUCCAUACUCUUCUGCGACUACAUGCGACCUUUAAAUAUGCUCAUAGACCCAAAGACACUCCAAAUCACUGCCAUUCUGGACUUUGAAUUCACCAACGCCAUGCCGGCAGCGUUCAGCUUUGAUCCGCCCUGGUGGCUAUUACUGUCUGGACCGGAGGUGUGGCUUGAACGUUGUGAAUUGGACGAGUUUCUCAAACUUUAUGAGCCCAGAAUGGAACAGUUCUUGCGUGCUCUGGCGAGGGUGGAGCACGAGAUGGAGUAUAAGCAGCCCGGUCAUUUGUCUCUGUCUGCCAGGAUGCGCGAGUCAUGGAGGACCGGUCAGUUCUGGUUCGAUUAUGCGGCUAGGAAGAGCUUUGUUGUUGAUGUUGUUUAUUGGGAUACUCUACUUUCUGCUGGUACUGGUGUUGAAGAGCUUGAGGAGAAGGUGCGUGCGGAGCUGGAGUUUUUUAAGAGGUUGAAGAUGGAGCAGUUGAAGGCGUAUAAGGAGGAGUGUUUGGUGAGGUUUUGUUCGGAUAUAUAAUGGACAAACGGUGUCG